AUGUUAAAGAUAUUGCUACACCCUGGUUCCUGCAACAAACCCGUAGACAGUACAACUGGUGCCCAGCAUGAGACUACCCUGUACUGCAAGACCUGCCAUGGCAGAGAGUUUGGCAUCAAAGGUUACGGUUUCGGUCAAGGCGCCGGCGUUCUAAACACGGAGAAGGGUAGCGGGGGAGGCGACGCAGCAAAACCAGCACCCAAGGCCGGCCAACCACGUACCAUCAGCCCGAAAUCCGGUGGUUGCCCGCGCUGCGGACAGCGCGUUUAUGAUGCCGAAAAGGCCAUUGGCUGCCCUGGCGAUCUGAGAUUCCAUAAACGCUGCUUCCGCUGCAAAGUUUGCUCCAAGUCACUUGAUUCGACGAACACCUGCACCAACGAGAACGAAAUUUACUGCAAAACUUGUUACGGCAAACAGUUUGGACCCAAAGGAUUCGGUUUCGGCCAGGGUGCUGGCUGCUUGAACAUGGGCUAG